AUGAUUUCACUGAGACCAUAUGUAGUACCCAUACUGCGGGAAAUUGCACCCUUGACCGGCCGUCUCCUUCAUCGACCCUCGGUGAUGUUUCGGUACAUUUCUGCCUCUUACGGGCAAGGCCUAAUAUCUCAGCAAAGACUGGCCCAUAAACCCUCACUGGUCAGGGACAGACCCCGACAAGGCCUAAAUUUCGAUCUCCAGGGCAAAGUCUAUGUUAUCACGGGAGGCAGGAGGGGAUUAGGAUUGACACUGGCAGAGGCUAUUGCGCAAAGAGUCGCCAAAGUGCAUUGUUUCGACAGACUGGUUCACCCCGACCCGGAAUUCCCCGUAUUACAACGAGGGGCUGCGGGUGCCGGAGGCUCGCUCCAUUACCAUCACAUCGAAGUUCGGAGUCGUCGUGUACUUGACCAGACCAUCGCAAAUCUCGUAUCCCGGGACGGACGUAUUGACGGUCUCGUAGCAGCAGCUGGGGUGCAACGGGCCAAGGCGGCAAUCGACUAUACUGCACAGGAAGUAUCCGAAGUCUUGGAUAUCAACUACACUGGGGUUUUCAUGUUUGCCAACGUAGUUGCGUAG